CUACUCUCUUACGUGUUGCUUCUGCGCACGCCACGCACUGUGGUGCGAUUGGGAAUCGGAUAGCAGGAGCUGAAGAGAGCGUCUAUCGGAAGGCAUAUACGUGCUGAUACGGCUCAAAACAGAAUGGCGGCCACAAGGAUUACAAGGAAGGCUUUUGAUGCUGUUGUAGAGGAGAAGAUGAAAAGGUACAGAAUAAGUUUUGAUGAAGCUCUCGCUGAAACUGUCAAGCAGUUUAAAAUGGAAGGGUCAACCAGAAUGCCAUCUGAAGCGGACUACAGGGACAGGGAGCGAAAUUUAGACCUUGCACAUAACAUAAGAAGCUUUGACAUAGACCCAAGAAGAGAUGAAAUGCAACAUUCAUCUUACAGCAUGCGAGGACAGGAGCCAUCUCCAGGAAGGAUGAAUGACCCAUAUUUGGAUAGAUUGCGACAUGAUGAUGCUUUGGUACGGGAACGUUUGGAACGAGAGAGACUUGCCAUGAUAGAUGCUCGCCUUCGAGAGUUAGAUGGCUUCAGGGAACGCACUGAUUUUCCUAGGGAUGUGGACUACAUGGGCAGACGUUGGGAUCCUAUGAGACCUGAUUUCACGAGGCCUUCGGUAGACAAUUACAGAAAUUUACAUGAGCAAGUACAACCUAUGCAGGAUAUGUUGAGGUCUCCUGGAGCUAAGGGCAAGAUCUCUAAAGGGAAGGCUCAGGCACUGAAAGGGAAGGCACAGCAGCGUGGUGGUCGGGCCCAGCAAGCAGGAGAGGACAGCAUCAAUGAGAACAGUCCUGUAGCAAAGCACAGCAUGGAACUUAUUAGAUGGGCCAAGUUCAACACAGACGAUGACCUAGAUAAGCAACACGCAACCCUCUUUAGGGUGAAAACUGAAGCUUGUAAGAAGAUUGUGGGAUGUUUUAAAGGGCCUAUGACCAGUAGCCACAGUAAAUUUUGCUUUGAAUCUGUCAAGUUUUUAGCUGACCCAGCCCUAAAGAAUCCCAAAAUAGAUAACGAGCUUCUGGAUUUGUUGGUUGAAAAAAAUACUGUGGCAGCCAAAAAUGAUUUUUUUGAAGUCAUAAAACCAUUUGAUAAAGAAAUGAUGUACAUUCAACAAAGGCUGCUUAAAAGUGUUAUUCCUCUCCUGAUAGCUUGUAACACAUAUGAGCUAAAGCAGUCUUUCCUUACUGAUGGGCAGAUGAUUAGUGCUCUCAAGAGCACAGUGUACAUGUGCAGAAAAUCUAUUGUGCUUCUGGGGCAAACUUUUACAUUGGCUACCAUUUCAAGGCAGAAUAAUAUACUAGAUGCCCUAGGAAUAAAGGAUAUAGAGUUGAAGCCUGAAGACUACCCAAAUUUCACAGAUUCGUUUCUGUUUGGGAAGAAAUUUAUGGCACAGUUGAAAGCUUGGCUUUCUAAGAGUGGUAACAAACUUGUCUUGAGAACAAAAGCUCUGACUGAAAAGGCUGUUGAAAAAGAGCUACCAGUGAAGGAAAGCAAAGAAAAGAAAGCUGCAGACCCAGCUGCUGUUGAAGCAAUAGAUAAACUGAUGGAAUAUGCAAAGGAAGGAGUGAAGACAGAAGGUGAAAAACCAGCGUUUUGGUACUUGUUUGAUGUGAAUAGCAAUGAAUUUAAAUAUUAUCAUCAGAAGCUAGCAGAAUUUCAGAAAGCUACAGGACAUGUGUGCGAAACAACAACACAGACUAAAACAAUCAAAAAAGCCCAUGAUCUAACUGGUGAGUCUCUGCGGGCUGCGCUUUAUGCAAAAGCAGCUCAAGGAGCAAAGCGUAAAACUUUAAGAAGCUAUGCUUACUCAAAGCAAAAGAAGCAGCAAGCUGGAGCUCAAGCCUUAAGAGCUGCCCAAGAAAAAGAUCGCAGGACGAUGAGAAGCAUUGAAUUUUCGAUGAAGCAAAAGAAGCAGCAAACUGGUGCAAAAAAAAAGAAAGUCUCAGCUUCAAAUAUGGAAGUUGUAAAGGAAGAGCAGAUUUCUGACCAACCCUCCACAGCGUCUACCAGUUCACCUUCAGAAACCCCCACUUCAUGUCUCCCCAAGUCACCAGAAAAUGUGAUGCCAGAGUCUUCAGAUCAAGAGAGUUUGGAUGUCGAUGACAAGACUAAAGAUACAGCUACAAAGUUGGCUGAGUUUGUUGCUCAGAUGGGCCCAGAAAUUGAACAGUUCAGCAUGGAAAAUAGUAAAAACAACCCAGAAUUUUGGUUUCUACAUGAUAAAAACAGCCCAGCAUAUCAGUUCUACCAAAGUAAAGUGCGCGAGUUCCAAAGUGCAGCAGAGGCAGAAGGUUACGAAGAUGAGGAUUAUGACGGUGUUGAGAUGGAUGCUGACUCUGAGGGUGCUGAGACACAGUCGAAUAACCCUUUAGCAGCAGCUUUUAGCCAAAUGCCUACUCCUGCCCUUCCUCCAUUGCCUAGAAAGAGGGUUACCAAACUGAAAGUUGGAAUGAUACCACCUAAAAGAGUGCGUCUAGUGGACGAGCCAAAUGUGCAUGAUCCAGUCCGAAUUGAGUAUGAACGUCCUCGUGGGCGUCCAGUGAAGAGAGCAAAGAAACCAGUAGACCUGGAAUUUGCCAAUAAAAAGAUAACACAAGCAAAUGUUGGAUUUCAGUUGUUGAGUAAGAUGGGAUGGAAAGAAGGACAAGGCCUUGGAUCUAGUGCAUCUGGAAUCGUAAACCCCAUCAAAGUGGGUACAGUCUCUUCUGGAGAAGGCUUUGGAAUGGAAGGGACUUCAGAAUCCCAAGAGGACAAUUUUGAUGUUUUCCGUCAAAGAAUGAUGCAGAUGUACAAGCAAAAACUCAAAUAAGUAGUUCUUGCAAGAUCUCAGAAGACUACAGAAUUCAACGAAAAUGUUAUCUGUUCCUUAAAUGUUCAGUGUUUUGCGUUAAACACUUUUUAGUUUUUAUUAGUUUAUCUGUAUAUAUGAUCAUUGUGAUGUAGCCAUAGAAACUUCAAUAAAUGAUGUUGGCUUCCAUUAAACAUUGAACUCA